UAUCUACCGUUGUACGUCAUAUGGGAAAAUGGGCACCUGUUUUACAGUUACGAAAUGAAACUCCAGUUUUCUGAAGUAUAACACAUUACGACAAGAUACAAGUAAAAUGAAGGUCAGUUUAGUUGUGUGUUUGGCGUUCGUUGUUUGUGUGGUAGCCCUGGAUGAGCUUGACACAGGGGACGGCAUAUGCAGUCUGUGCGUACAGAACAAAGGAGUUUCUGACUGCUGUUCUGGCAAUGUACUUUGCAACAGUUUACAUGGAUCUUUGGAUUGCACACAGACAACCGCAAUGAGAGACGAUUACCCGAAAGCAAGAGGCGAAUUCGCAAGUGCUUUAUACGACAUGGGUAACAACAAUUUCUGCUCGAUUUGCUGCGGUCGUUCCACCGAAUCGACUACAUGCUGCUCGGCAAAAUCGUCGUGUACGUGCACGAAAACACUUUUGCCUUCGUGCACAGACUAAAGCUUUGCAUCAAUUUUACAAAUGAAAAAAAUAAUUUGGUGAUUUUUGGUAAUUGGUCUGAGAUUUCUUAACCGAAUUGUAAUAAAAGUGAAAUGUCACAAUAAAGAAAUACAGUUGAAAAAUUGGGUAUAAAAA